AAGUGAUUGGCAAAACGAGCAAAACAAACCCAACAAACCUAUCGGACGAGCUCGCGGGUUGCUGCCCUGUUUUGCUUUGGCUGUGUAUGACAUUCUCGUUUCUUGUCGGUAAAGUUUUGGCUGCUUGUGGCCCAGUUGUAUUGGUGAAAUAAUCGAACAAAAGUGACAGCUCAAAUGUACGACGGAUGGAAAAUAUAAUCUGACAAUGCGUGACGGCAUUUCGAACUUAUUGGAAAAAUCUGUAUUUAGGACAUUGGUGCAAUAAAUAUUAGCAGUGAUAAAAGUGGACUAAAGUUGCCAACGAUUGCUGGUCAUGUUGAACGUACGUGUGCGCGAGUUAACAGCCCGUUAGAUGAGUAACAUAGUACCUGGACGUGUGCAUGGAUUUGUAACUCGGGAAACAAUACUAGACAGAUAACUGAGUCCCGUUGGUGAUUUCCAAGCGAUCUACAGGGUAAAGCACUUUCCAUGAGCCUUCACUGUGGGACAUUGUGUUCGAUAGAUCGUGAUGUCGACGGUGAAACUGUGUUAAUUUGAUUGAUUGACGGGAAACAUGACAAACGCCACGAUUACUCCAAGUCGGUUCUUCAGUAUUCUAAAACCCAUCGCCCUAUUGAUACUGUAGAUGAUAUUGCAUCUGCAAUUAGCCGUAAUUGGUGCGGCGUGAUUUUCAACCUGUCAAUAGCGCUCGGUAGGGUGGAUGUAAUGAUUGUGUGGUUGGUCUUUUAUUUGAUUUAAUCUGUUUAUUAACAUCGGUUGAAUAUUAAAUUACCAACUUAAAAAUAGACCCUAAAAGCUGCGCAUCGAAAAACAUACCACCCUGCCGUGGGUCCUGUGACGGUCAAAAGCGAUCCGAACAGCAGGAGUUUCUCAUUCAAUCGUCUUCAUUCGACUGUGCGGACGUGCUGCGCUGUUCUGUGCUCCCACUGGUAAACAAAUGUAAUGUUUUUCUUUUCAGUGUUCGCAUGUAAUUGGAGUUUCCCGUCGGACUGUUUAAGUGUUUAGUUUCAUAAUAACAAUAAUGAAAUUAGUGUGAUAACAAAUACAUGCAAGCAAGUGGAGCAGCAGCGAAAAGUCAGCAUAAUAAUGAACAAAAAACGUUGAUAACGGGGGCUGUUUUCACUGGCAACGAAUGAAACUGGCACAGGAUGCUGUUUCAGUGAAUGUCUGUGCGUAGAAUCGUAGGCAAGAGACUGUUAAUACUCCGUGGUGCUUUUCACCGGGAUCAUGUCCGAUGAGUGCAAGUGCCAGGUGUACGUUUAUUUGAAAGAUCGCUUCAUCGACGUUCCGAUUCACGAGGAGGACACCAGCGAGGAUCUGUGCUUGCAGCUUUGCAAUCAGUUCGGAAUCGGACCCUUGGUACAGCUGCUGGUGGGUUUGCGGAUACACGACGAACGAUGGUUUUUACCGCCUUGUGCGCGGCCCCAGCCCGGCAAGAAGUACGAGUUCCGAGUGCGGUUCAAGAUCCCCAAGCUUUCCAACCUAAAAACGCUGGACCGUGCCCUCUUCAAUUACUACUACUACCAGCUGCGGCACGAUCUGCUCCAGAGCAAAAUCAGCGAGAUCGAGUACGACGAGUACAAGAACAAAAUCCUGGGCUAUGUCGUCAACGAUAUGUACCGGAAGAUGGUCGAGGAUGGUGUGACCGUGAACGACUUGAAGCGCACCUACGAUGAGUACAUCCCACGCAAAAUCAACAAAGAGCACUCGCUGCUCUUCUUCAACUGGGCCCGCUCGAAGGUUUUUAGUUCGUUGAACAAGAUCUGUUAUAAGGAUCACGAUGUAGAUUAUGUGAAAAGUGUAUAUAUCGACGACAUAGACAACAUCGCGCCCGGUUACUUGUACGAGGAGUACAGUGGUAGUAUUCCGUAUCCGCGCGAGGAUGGCAUGCUGAAGCCGGGCAAGUGCCGGGUUAAAGUCAAGUUCGUACCCUACUGCCAAAGGGUCCCUUCCGGUGCAAAGUCGGGCAAAAACGUGCAAAAAGAUGGUGGUGACUCACUGCCAGGGUUGAAAGUGUUCUAUUCGCGAGAGUGGCGACACAUUGCGAAUAUCGAGGAAAUAUUUACUAUACUAGUAGAAGGUCUUACGGUGAAUAUUUCACUAAAGGAUCAGUCGAAUCUUUACUCCAUAGACUUUAGCAGUCAGACUGAAUUAGAUUCAUUCGUAACAUGCUUAGCUGGUUACUAUAGAUUAAUGUGUAAGUGGACAGUGUACCUUUGUAAACCCUACUUGUACUCACCGUCGUUAAACAGACUAACAGAACUUAAAUGCCAUGGGCCUAUUGGAGGAAAAUUCUCCUACAGUAAAAUAGCAGAGAAGAAUAGCAGCAUCGGUGCAAACAUCGUACGUCAAUGCGAAACCCACUACGACACCUACUACGUAGACAUUCUGGAACGAGAGAAUCAGAGGAAGACUUAUAAACUAACCUACGGUCAGAGCCGGUGGCAUGUGCAUCGAGAAGCCGGUGAAGUGAGCACCUACGACGAAUUGCUGGACGCGUUACGGAAUCUCAACUCGGACAUUAAAAACCUGUACCGUUUAUCGCCGACCGAGCACGACAAAUCGCCCAAUCUGCUGCUGUGCCUGCCCGAAAGUGAUAUGACCUCGAAGCGAUUGCUCGAUGCGCAAGAGAUGCGCCAGAUUCGACCGCAAAUUGUAACCGCAGCCAAGGAGUUGAUCAUCAACAGAAAUGCAUUGAAAAAGGAAUCGGACCAGUUUUUCGAACGAACUAGAGCUGAACUGCUGCUGCCGAAUAAUGCUAAGAUGGAGGUUACGUUACGAAUGCUGCGAAAUGAGAAAAAAGAUGAAUUUCUGAGUGACUUUCUUCAACUAGCCGACUUCUGGGCAAACAUCGACUCGUUGGACAUUAUCAAGCUGUACGGCGUAACACUGUUCAAGCCGAUCUCGAUGGUGCUGGAAAGCUACCGGGAAGGUCCGCUGGAUGAGUUCCUGAGGCGGCAUCCGCGUGUUUCGUUUUCGUCACUGAUUGAGGUUGCCCAUUCAUUGGCGCGUGCUCUCUACUAUCUGCAGGAAAAUGGGCUCGUCCACGGUCGACUACGAUGUUCGUCGAUGUUGGUUACGCAGUACGACCGAAACGAGAACCGACUGAUAGCGAAACUCGGUGAUCCGGGGCUGCGUCAGCAGCAGCAAUACACCGAGCGUGAUUUGCUCUGGAUACCGUUGGAGUAUCACGAGCUGGGGCCGAGGGAAGUGCAAUUGUUGAAACAGGACAUGAAGGCGGAUGUCUGGGCCUGUUCGACGACCCUAUGGGAGAUUUUUAGCCGCGGCAGACGGCUGCUGGUGAAAAAUGCAAAACAAUUUUUAGCCGGUGGGCAUCGGUUGGGGGCGCCUGCGGAAUGCAAGGAUAUCAAGGAAAUCUACCAGUGCAUGUACAACGGGUGGCUGGUGGAUCCAGAUAAACGCUUCGCUCCGCAGAUGAUAAUUUCGAAAUUGGUGCAAGCCAAGCAAAAAAGCAACUAUUGUGUGAUAGGCCAUAGUACAGUAAACGGAACAACGAAUUCAACCAACGGUUCUUACUCUAAGCAAAGCAUUUUAUCUAUAGAAACAGACUCUACGUUGCUGCAAUCUCGCGGUGAUGUUUCCAGUUCUUCUUAUGUGAGCCAUAGCAGCGAUUGUGAUGGCGGCAGCAAUGCAUCCAGCGAGAAUAGCUCGCAUCCCUUAAUUUCGAAUGGUGGUUCGACGCAUUACAGUGCCGGUUCGUAUAGCGGUGGGUGGGGUCAAAGUCAAGCCGAGCGCUUCCUGUAUGACUGUCCGGAUUUUAUCGAGCUGCCAGAUGGUACCAAGGUAAUCUUCCAAGGCGAGUUGGGUCAGGGACACUAUGGCAAGGUUUACCGAGGCUGUCUCGACGAUGGCAAAUACUCGAAAGAGGUGGCGCUUAAAACGAUCAACAAUUUCGGCAACGCAAUGGAUAUGGACAAGGCAGUCAAAGACUUCAAACGGGAGGUUUCGAUAAUGAAGAGGUUGAAUCAUAGGAACAUUGUUAAGUUUAUUAAUUUUAUCGACGAGCCGGACAAGCUGGUUGUGGUUAUGGAGUACGUGGAGAAUGGUUCUCUGUUGGACUACUUGAGUUAUACGACUGAUUUGAAAAAGAUGAAUUUAUUGCGCUUCGCGAAAGAUAUAGCAAAUGGAAUGAAUCAUCUAUUCGAGAAGAAAAUAAUACAUCGCGAUCUGGCGGCCCGUAACAUUCUGGUGCACAACAUAAAUUGUGUGAAAAUCUCCGACUUUGGGCUAGCGCAGGUCACCGACGGUGGUAAUUAUUACGUGGCGCAGAGCAGUCGGCACCUGCCGAUCAAGUGGUACGCACCGGAGACACUGUGCACGCAAAAGUACUCCUUCCAGUCGGAUGUUUGGUCCUUCGGGGUAACGCUGUACGAAAUGUUUACCCGUGGCAACACACCAUACCCGAACGUGGAAAUUCGGAACGGCAGCCAGCUGUUCGAUUUGAUUGUGAAGGAUGGCAUCAGACUGGAGCUACGCGGGGACGACCGAGACGUGUACGAUCGGCUGAUGGCGCCCUGUUUCAACCUGAACAACCAGCUGCGUCCAACGUUCCAGGAGCUGCUGGAGAAAAUCGAGGAACUAAUUAAUCAAUACGGCGAAUCUAUCCAGCCCCUGUAAAGGUAAACAUUUUGCGCUUAGUGAUAGGGUAAAAGACGCAUUCAAUCAAAUAGUCGCCGAACGGUUGUAGGCGAUCGUGCCAGCUGCACUUUUUAUAGGCUAGGUGAAAUAUUUUGAAUUGCAAACAAUAGAUGAAAGAAAAACUAUUCUUUUUAUGGAGUACGUACUACAGAUUUUUAUGCUUGAACAGUUAGAAUUAAAUAAUAGAAAAAAGUGCACAUACAGUUUUUCCUGCACGCCACUGCAGUGUUUUUAAUGCGCUACUGCGUUUAUUUAGAUAAGAUGCACGCACUACGAAUACAAACUCUUAGUUGUUGCUGGUCUAAUUGUACUGUCAAUAAGUGUAGCUCAAAUAUUUCCAGAAAAAAAAACUUGAAACAGUGCCCGUCUAACUAUGCAUAUGUGUCUUACGUAAUGAUUGUUACAAUUACCUACUAUAAGUGAAGCUUUGCGCUUCGAAUCCUGACUUUUUAGCAUGUAUAAGUCGUGUUACUUACUGAUCACUUUUAUGCCCUCAAUCGACCGGUUCCCGAUUGAGGCCUAGUGCGUAAGUGCAAGUGAGUCGACAAAAACGAAAAUUUAUUCUCAAAGUGCCACACCUAGAGACCGAAGUUCUAGUAGUACUUCGGUUCCCACCGCUCCGCCUCUAGUUUUAACGUUAGCGUUUUAUUGUUUAUUUUAUUUUCUUAGUGUGUGUGUUAUGUUAUUGCAUCCCUCCGCCGGGCUUAUUUUUUCCGGUUCGUUGAGCUUCCUGGGUGUGCGAGUGCAAAAAAAAAGGUUUAUUUCGUUUUCGUUGCAUAAAAAAUUCUUUUUUAUUUACCUAGAAAAAUUAAGUUUUAACGACAUUUUUUGAUUAUCGCUCGUCGCAUGUCAGCUACCCAACUUCCCUGACUUACGUUUAGCCCUUACACAAUGAGAUGGAUCAGAGAGAUUUUAUUAGUUCCAUAUCAGAUAAGAGAAAAUAAUUGAGCCUGAAGUAUAGGUAUAGAAAGAAAUGACGCAAACAUGAUCAAAUUUCGUAGUUAAGAUGAACGUAUUUUGAAUUUACAAUGUACUGAAGCGGAAAAUGAAUAACAGAAAAGAUUUAAAUAACUUGAAUAAAUAAGUGUAUAUUAAUGUUUCACUCUUGA